GGCCGGCGGCGGGGGAUGGCGUCCCCCGCCCGGUGCGGGGCUGCAGUCGUGGAGGAGCGGCGGCACCAUGCGGGCGGCCGCCGGGGACGUGGUGGGCAUCCUGUGCUUGGUUUCUGUGGCGGCCACGCUGGAUUUCAAGUACCACCACGCCGAGGAGCUGGAGAAGUACCUGAAGGGGGUUCACGCCGAGUACCCCUCCCUCACCCACUUGCACAGCAUCGGGCGAUCGGUGGAAGGUAGAGACCUGUGGGUUCUUGUUCUGGGAAGGUUUCCAACCCAUCAUAAGAUUGGCAUUCCAGAGUUCAAGUAUGUUGCUAAUAUGCAUGGGGAUGAGACCGUUGGGAGAGAAAUCCUGCUCCAUUUGAUAGACUUCCUGGUGACCAGCUAUAGACAUGACCCAGUUAUUACCCGGUUACUCAAUAAUACCCGGAUUCAUAUCAUGCCAACAAUGAAUCCUGAUGGAUUUGAAGCUACAGAAGUGCCUGAUUGUUAUUACACACGAGGAAGGUACAACAAGAAUGGAGAAGAUCUGAACAGAAAUUUUCCUGAUGCCUUUGAAAAUAACAAUGCUAGCAUUCAGCCAGAGACUCAAGCAGUAAUGAACUGGAUAAAAAAUGAAACGUUUGUUCUUUCAGCAAACUUGCAUGGGGGUGCCCUGGUUGCCAGUUACACCUUUGAUAAUGGUAACUCAGUUACUGGCUCUUCGAAAGGCUAUAGCAGAUCUCCAGAUGAUGAUGUCUUUAUUCACCUGGCAAAAACCUAUUCUUCCCACCAUGCCAGCAUGUACAAAGGAAUUGGGUGUGACAAGAGACAAACCUUUCCAGAAGGCAUUACCAAUGGAUACUCUUGGUACCAGUUGGAAGGUGGAAUGCAAGAUUACAACUAUGUCUGGGGACAAUGUUUUGAAAUUACAUUGGAGCUGUCAUGCUGUAAAUAUCCUCCAGCAGACCAGCUGGAAAAGUUCUGGAGAGACAACAAAGUUGCUCUGAUUGAAUAUAUAAAACAAGUACACCUAGGUGUCAAGGGUCAAGUUACUGAUAAGAAUGGGGAUCCUAUUCCCAAUGCCAUUGUGGAAGCCAAGGGAAGGCCUCAUAUCUGCCCCUACAGAACAAAUGAACAAGGGGAGUACUAUCUUCUCCUUUUGCCUGGGACGUAUGUGAUCAAUGCUACUGUACCAGGAUUUAAAUCGAUGCUGAAGACAGUGGAAAUACCUGACAACACUGGUAACUUCAGUGCUUUAAAACAGGACUUCUCUUUCUCAGAGGUCUCUAUCAGACCAAGAGUUGCUUCAUGUCCCAAAAUUCCCCUGUACCAAGAGCUCACACGGGCUUCAGCUGCAGUAAAACCAACCCUACAUGUCUUGGUUUUAAUGACUGCUCUGCUUGUGAUUUUAAAAUAAAGUCAGGAAUGAGAUGUUAUGGCCAGGCAAAAUCCACCUGCACAAAUGUGGCUUUGUAUAUGCAAAAGAAUGUCUGUUUUUAUAAACCAAAUUCUCAGAUUCACAAUCACGUUCACUGUAUUUUGUAAAAUACUGGGUUGACAAUCAAAUGUUUGACUAUAUUUUUAAUUGUAAUAGACUAUCAUAUUUUUCUAUGUAAGUAUUUUACUCUGAAGAAAUUUUGUACAGCUGAUGGAGAUAACUGUAGAAUUUCAAUGCAGAAAGUACAAAUACAUUCUCAAGACUUUGCCUGAAUUCAAAAAAAA